GGGGGGAUAGUUGUGGAACUUGCAAUGGAGUAGAAUACCACCCUUAAAGUACCCAAGUCGCUACAAACUAUGCUAACCGAAAUUUUAAAAAUGCGCCGUUGCUUGGCUUCAUAACCUAAAUAGUAUGAUUAAUUACGUUAAUUAGUUCACUAUUGCCUUUGAUUUUCAGGAUUGAUGAUACAACCGCGGAGAUCGAGCUUCCCUACUGCAGCUCUGUCAGCUCAAAAGACACGGUCCCGGUUCCUCUGGAAAUGUAUUCUGCUGACGAUUUCGGGACGUCGCGCCCUGUCCCAAAAAGUACACAAAUGGCCCUGUCUUCUCAACCGGGCACCCCUGAUAUCCAACGCGCGUUGCGCCUGGAGCAAGCAGAGGAUGAAGUCAUGUGCAGAGGGGAGCGUGUGGAAUCACUGUUGGAUCAGGAUAGUGACGCUGAAAUACGACGUGUUGCAGGAAGAAAAAUAAAGAGCAAGCGGAGAUUGACAGGUCUGCUCAGGAUGGCGUCAAAAGACAGGUGUUGCGUUGCUCUUCAAUCGGCACCAAUGAGCAGUGACGAUGAAAUGGAGACGUCUUUCUCGUCCUAUAAAACCACAACAGAAAAGGGUAUGUCUAACCCAGUGUACGACGCAGGUGCAGAUAGUUCCGAUACUGAAUUACCGCGCUAUGAGGACGGAUUGAAGUCCAAGGAAAAGGAAGAGCGACGGCGUGUUCCUGAGAUUCGUGCCAGAGAUGACGUUGACAAUUCCGAUUCGACAAAGUUGGAAGACGAAAAAAUAUCGUCUUUGCAUGCGCAGACGGCCGUCCCUGUCUCUCCCACAACCAUUGCUGAGGAUGCCACAGUGGAAGCCACCAAGGAAAGCGAGAAUCAAGGGACAGGACAAGCAGAGUAACAAAGUCAAAGACUGCUCUAAACUUGACAGCGCUAUAUCAACAAGCACAGUAAAACUAAGCAGCAGUUAUAUUAAGGCUGAUCGUUUAAUCCCAAGUGCCCUUAUGGUCCACUUUUAAAGCGUGAUUUAAUUUGUUCGGAAGGAAGACCUCUGCCGCUCUAGCAUAAUGUAGAGUUUUGAUGCCAAAAUGAGAUAAUUUCUUUUAUAGCGUAAAAUAAACAUCAUUUUUCUUACUGACGUUUUGUCAUUUGGAUGAGGCUGUAGUUUAAAGUUAGUCUUUUGGUUUUGUUUUACAUUAUUUGUAGUCAAUUACAGAAUAUUUUUUUAAUGACGUUAGUAGUUUGAAAAAAGUUAUGGAUGAAUUUAUCUAGGCAUUGUAGGUUAGUUUUGAACAAAGGAGUUCAGCUUAAAACAGGCCGCUGCUGAUAUAAUUCAUUUAAAUUUUCAAACUAUUGUUAUUCUGCUUUUGUGAUAUUUUGUUGUCAUGAGUUUUUGAAGCAUGAUUAAUUCUCACGGCAACGUUUGAGGUCCUCCUCGCACUCCUGAAUUUGCAUUUUCUACCUGAAAGAUGUUAAUUACCAGAGUUUCUGUUCGUUUAAGCUGAAGUUCUUGUUUAAUAAUGUUACUAUAAAUUGUUUGUUUGCUUAUAGCAAGUAGUAUUUAGUGGGUUUAUUUGCGCAAAAGUAGACGCCAUUGGAUACACUAAUAGAAAGAUUCGUAAAUAAACUUUGAGCGAAUUCUUGCAUGAAGCGACGCGUAUUAAUAGUGCUAAAACGUAGCCUUUUAGUUGUUCCUAGUUGUUUGUCAAAUAUAGUUCACGACAUUGUCUACAUUGAUGUCCAUUCUCAACAUCUGAGUUACGGAAUAAAAUUGCUU